GAGGAGGAGGCGGGGCGGGGGUUUGCGCCUGGUCUGAGCAUGCCCAAAGCUUCGGGACAUAAACAAUAACCGGGAGCCGGGCGGCGGCGGAGGCGGCAGUGACAGGCCCCGGGUCGGACGGUACCGCGGAUACGGCAGGACAGGAUGGAGGAUCACAGUCUGUUCACGCUGCGGGUCAGUGUACAUUCCGAUCAGGGCGGCAGGAAGUACAUGGAGGAUGUGACCCAGGUGGUGAUCGAGCCGGAGGCCGAGCCCGGAGAGGUGGAUAGCGAGGAGGAGUCGGCAGCCGGCGGCGGGGAACAUCGGCCCGGGCACCGGCCCAAGCCUCCUCGGCCCCGACCCGGGGUGGCUUUCUUCGCCGUCUUCGACGGUCACGGCGGCCGGGAAGCGGCGGUGUUUGCCCGCGACAAUCUCUGGAAAUGCAUCAAGAAGCAGCGGGGCUUCCUGUCGGAGGAUCCCGAGGAAUUCCGGGGGGCGAUCCGCAAAGGCUUCAUCGCCUGUCACUACGCUAUGUGGAAAAAGCUCCCUGAGUGGCCAAAGACGAUGACCGGGCUCCCCAGCACAUCUGGCACCACAGCAAGUGUUGUCAUCAUCUGCCGAAACAAGAUGUACGUUGCCCAUGUGGGAGAUUCUGGCGUAGUCCUGGGUGCUCACGAUGGCUCAAGCGAGGCCCGGGGGGAGAGGGAAAGGGUGGUCCAGGCUCUGGAGGUGACGCAGGACCACAAGCCUGAGCUUCCCAAAGAGAAGGAGAGAAUUGAAGGGCUUGGAGGCAGUGUCAUCAACAAGUCCGGAGUGAACCGUGUGGUGUGGAAGAGACCGCGCCUGACCCACAAUGGACCUGUGCGCCGGAGUACGGUGAUUGAUCAGAUCCCUUUCCUGGCUGUGGCCAGAGCACUGGGCGAUCUGUGGAGUUACGAUUUUUACAGUGGUGAGUUUGUGGUCUCACCAGAACCAGACACCAGUGUUCACACGAUUAACUGCCAUGACCACAAGUACAUCAUCCUUGGCAGUGAUGGGCUGUGGAAUAUGAUCCCAGCCCAGGACGCUGUCACCAUCUGCCAUGACAACGAAGACAGGAAGCGAUUGUUGGAGGAGCCAGGACCUACGGGUGCUAAACUCCUGGUCACCCGUGCCCUGGGCCGGUGGAGGCAACGGAUGCUGCGAGCUGACAACACCAGUGCUGUGGUGAUAUGCAUUGACCCACCCUCCCAAGGAUAUGACCGACUCUGCGCUGAAGAGCUGCGGCUCAAGCUGACCAAUGGCUCAAUCCACCAGAUGGAGGAAUCUGGUCUUGCCCUCCCAUCUCCCUGCACUGCACCACCACUAAAGGCACCAGAUGAUAUUUCUCCACAUUGGUUCUGUUCUGGUUUUGUUCCUGUGCUGACAAGAAGAGAUACGAAGUGCAGGAGGAGCUCACCACCACCUGCUGUUGUCACUACGUUGAUGGAGCCGAGAGAUGGGGCUGCAGAGAACAGAGUAGGGGAGGGGCGCAGGGUGACCUGGGCCAGUGCUGGCUUCAAGAGGACACUGGAAGAAUUGAAUGGGACGACACCGGUCUCUGUGUCCAAGAGAUUAAAACCUCGACACAGGCGCAACAGUGGGGGAGGGGCAACAGGCUCAUCAAAGCCAAUGACUGGGAACCCAGUGCUUUCCUCCAGGCGCAGAAAUCCAGAGAAACCAGCAAUGAGGAGGAGCUUGAGGGGCCAACGAAGACUGAGGAACCCAUUGUUGCAGCAGCACAGGAAGACUAUCUGUGUGUGCUGAUAUGGAGCAUAUCAGGGCCCUUGUGGCUUCAGGAGGGGUGUACAAGAUGGUGGUCUUUAUGGGCCCUUAAUGCCAAUUAAUCAUUCUAAUCUGUAAAGAGAGAAAAGAACCCCAUUUGACCCUUGAUUCUGUUAAUGUCUGUACAUUUUUACUUUGGUUUGUUAACAGCAAUAUUCCUGCACCAUUUCAGCAGUUUUACUAUAUAUUUUAUUCCCCCGCACUAUGCACAGAUCUGCAGGAAUGUACUGUGAUCUUAUAGCUCUCACCAGCCUUUCAGCUGCUCUUGCUCUCUGUCUGAGAUCUCUUGGGAAGUAAAGAAAAAUAAUGUUUUGAUUAAUUGAAUGAUGAAGUAAUUCUCCCCACCCCUUCUGUUCUGAUAAUGCUUGAUCAGGAAUGACUUCUUCCCUCAGUCCAUUGCUUUCAUGGCUGUGGUUUGCUGCCCUGGCACAAAUUGGAGAUGGUUUCUGCUGGUUGGUUAUUCCAACAAUUCGUCCCAGUUUGAUUGCUGAUGUCAAAUUCCCACACCUCUUGCUGUUGGGUUGAAAUCUGCCAAUGACUGAAGCAAGCCAAACUUGGCCCCCAUGAAUACCGUGUCAAGUUGCCGUGGUUUCCAUUGAACAUCAGUUUCUUGUUUGCAGUGUGGUUAAUCAGUGGUUCUGGACUGGUGGUUGGGAUAUGGGAGCGGUACCUGCUUGGCUAAUUGAAAUGGGGUUGGGAAUGAAUGCAGAGCUCUCAAUUGCAUGUUAUUGCUGUUACCUGCAAUCCAUGAUGUCUAUUAGCUGCAAUUAACUAGCUCUGCUCAUUUAAAACACCAUAGGAGUGCUGUGUCUGGCACUUUGUAGCUCACACAGGGAUCAGGAUGAAAGACAAGCAGAUUGAUUGAUUUGCCAGUGUUUGAAUCCAUCUCCCUGUCCUUGCUGGAUAUUUCCUCUAUGGUUAGGUUCUGGCAAUUGCUCCAUAGCUCCAUCAUGUCAGCAAAGUGUGCCAGGUUACUUGGGCUUGAGUGGAGUGGUCUGAUCUCGCCAUUCGUGUGAAGUUUGAGCUGAAUUAGCAGAGGGGCACUGGAGGCUGAAAGGUGAUUAACACUUAGACUAAGAGCUCUUGGUGAGCUAGAUGUGUUGAUGCUUACCGGUACUGUACUUACCAGAUCAGUCAGAAAAUCAAGGAGUGGGAAAUUAGCCCAUGCUGUACCAAUGUAAGAACCCCAACAACUCCUGCUUUUUAAAAGUCUACACCAAUCUGUUUUAACUGGUUUUUUUGCCUUGGUGGAUAAUUUUAACUAAUUUAAUAUUUUGAUUAGGGAUUUCUCCAGUGAACAAAUGCUCGAGCUGCAAAAAUAAUAGUUUUAGAUGAAUUCCUUUUGACAUUUGGAAACACUUUCACCAUGUGCAAAAGAUAAAGUUUAAACACCACAUAUUCCUUUGAGUGACCAUUACUUUGUUUCACCAGUUCAGUGUGCUUAACUAUAUUUCAGUGAUCAAAGUUAUUGUCCUUCUGACAAUGAGGUCACAACUUACAGUUGUUUCCAGGCUUGCAGUGGGUGCUUUUUUAAAAUUUGACAGCCUUCAGAUUUUGCCCAGGAAGCUCAAUGUGUUCCCUCUUGACUUUGAAGGGCUGUACCAUUAACCGUAUGACUGAAUCCCCAGGGCAUCACACUCUGGAUAAAUAAAAUGUGGACUAGCUUCUAGACUCCCUUGGUUUUGAACUAAGUGAUCACCAUGUAGUUUCUAGUUCUUUUUUAUUUUUUAAAGAUGGCUGAGAGCAGAGAAGUGCUUAAAAUGAAUGAUUUUUGGUUUUAGGUGGGCAAGGGAGGAGGGGAUCUUGGGAAUUAGUGGGACUUACCUGUCUGUGAACAUUAUCAGCUCUGCUGAGUUAGAAAGUCUCUUCUCUGCUGAGGUGAGACGGAAAGGGAAGAGGGUCAGAGCAGCAAGCUGUCCAUAUCUGACUGAUCCACCUGGCUGGCAGAAUGGCCACCUCCUGUUCCUAAUCCAGACCUUUUAUUUCUACAGUUGUGGGAGAAGAGGAUGAGAAAGGAAAUAAUUGUGUUGUGCAUCGCAAAUCUUGUCACUCAACCUGUUCUCCAUUGUUAUUGAGGGUGUGUUCUCCUUAAUCCCUCGUAUUGAUGGUGCUGCUACAUUUACACAUGGGAGUUUACUAAUUUUGUAUUAAUAUAUAUGUGUGUAUAAUAUAUAUAUAUAUAUAUUUGAAAACUGUUUCCAAGUAUUAGCCUAUUGUUACUGUGUUUUGCUAAAUAAAA